AUGUCUUUCGCAACCGAAACAGUUACAGCAACGACCACUGACUUGAUCCCAUCAACUACGCUUGAGGAUGUAACAAUCACCGUCACAUCUCACUUGCAUACGACCCUUUCGGCAACACACGGUCAAACGAUCACCAUCUUCUCUCCUUCACUAGUCCCGCCCUCUUCGCCGACCACAAAAUACACCCCGGGGGUAAUCACCACAACAGAAACAUCAACAGCCACGGUCACCGAGCUCGAUGUGUAUUUGCAGAAUGCUCGAGGAAGCCUAUACUCCACAUGGGUUAUCUCUUUGUCGGCCCCCGCUGGGUCGGCCACAUCGUCCACGCCUUUGAUCCCAUGGGUCUACGUGGUAGAGCCGCAAGAUGGCGGUUGGAACAGCUGGUCCAAGGGUGCAAAGGCAGGAUUGAUUGUCGGGGUAGUUCUGGCAGCUAUGCUGCUCGUUGCGAUACUCCUCUGCUGCUGUAAGAAACGGAACAUAUGGUUUGUUCACGGAUGGCCAGGGUCAGCUCAAGUCGACGUCGCCCCUCCGCCCAAUCCAGGUCCUUCGAUUGUACAGCCCACGAUUGUGAACGGCCCGCUCAUGCCCUACCCCCCUGGUCAGCUUAACUAUGGCCAUGGAUAUGCACAAGGUAUGAGAGGCGGAGGCGGGUCUAGAAGGUACUUUACCCAGAGCUACAAAGAAUGGUUUGGGAAGAAGCAGGGACAGAGAAAGGAUUGA